UAUAUUUCCCGACCGUUGAGAUUGAAAGCUCCCUCUUUGACAACUCGCAACUCUUUACACUCUAUAGUGCUCUCUCUCUCCAACGGUCUUCUUCUCCUCCAAAACUCCGCUCUCCAAAGAUCCGAUCUUUUUCUUCUUCUUCUGCGAUUUCUCUUCCCAAAUGGGCACCAAAGAGCUUCUGGACUCCCCCCCUCCGCGCCGGAACUGGCACAACAUCUUCAACGCGCUGGUACAGAUGCUGCGGUCUCAGCAAUCGAACCUCGAGACGAUGGCCGCCGACAGAAAAGUCUUCAAAGAUCGCGUCAGAGUGCAAGAAGAGAAGUGGAUCUCCGCGUUUCAUCUCUUGGGAGAUCAAAUCCGCCAGAUGAAGGUGGACUUGGAAUUGAAAGAAAUGGAAGGCUCCGUUGAGUCGGCCAAGUUAGGGUGGGCUCUUAGCAUGAAGCAACAAGAGGCUUAUAUCGCGAAACUCAAGUUAGAAUACUCAGACAGUGAGGUAGAAGGUUUUAAAGCAUGGUUUGACCUACACUCCAACAAAAAUACCACCUUAAAGCAGCAAUGUGAUAAGCUUGCUUCCGAAAAGAGCUUCGCGUGGCAUCAGUACGACCUUAUGGAAAAUGAUUACAAAACUAAACUGAAGAGCAAGAAUUCUGAACUUGAGCAGGCGAAUGCAAAGAUACAAACUCUUCUCGCCAGUAUGGAGCAGUUACAGUCCUCAAGUACCGAAAAGGAUGACAAGAUUGGAAUUUUAAUAAGUAAAGUUGCUAAGAUGGAGACUGAUUCAAACAAGUUCAAGGAGGAAAUUUCUAAACUUUCAAAGGAGUUGGAAACAUUAAGAAAUUCCGCAAGUACUUCGUCUACUCCUGUUUUGAACCGGUGUACAACAAGAACUAGAGGCAAGAGUAGUGUUAAUGUAACUGUGAAGAAAGAUUCGUCGGCUGCACAACGUCCUCAUCCUUCAAAGGACACCAAAAGGGGGAGCGGCAGUUCAAAGAGAAACGCAGAUGAUGUUAUAACCAUUACCGAGACUCCAAAGUUGUUCUCAUCCAGAUUUAAAGUACCCAAGUUGAAGAAUGCAUCAUCACCCAGUGUAAGAUAACCGUCCCACCCAACGGCGUUUUCCUAACGGCGAUUGUCACACCGUAGUUUCAUGUGGAGUUGUUCAGUUUUAGCUUGUCUUGUGUUCUCCUAGAGUUCAUUGCUUUUGUGUAAAUUAUGUGUCAAUCCUAACAAGUAGUAAAAUAUAUGAUUGGAUCUGUGAAUCA